ACUUGGCCUUACCCAAGGGGUAUGCAUGCAAAGGGCACAGCUGGUAUGGUCAUGCCCAUAAGCUAAGUGCCAAUGGAGGAGUAGCCUUUGCGUUGGAGGCUAUUCAAAAUGUGCACAAAGAUUUCUUCUGAGCCUUCCACAAUUUAAAUGAAAAGAAAUGUAAACGGACCUGGGCUCCAUAGGACUCUAGAACAUCAUACCUAGGGGCACGGGGAUACAAACACACACUCACAUUCGUGUAACUCCCUUCCCCCAAACAAACAACCACAUAUCACACUGCAAACAUACACCACAUGGGUAUAAGGACCGUGGGCCCCUCUGUCUGACCAGGAAACCUGAGGGUGGGGAGGGAGGCAUCCUGGAGAGAUCUGGGCUCCUUCCUUGUUCCAGACCUCAUGGCCUCCUGUAAAAAACCUGAAUUUCUUAAGAACCUAAUUUGUAGCCCUCAAGGCCUCAGUAAAACCCUAGGCACCCCCACCCCUAGGCAAAAACACUCAUCCUCCGAGGGGCUGGCUCAGUUGCCAUCACCUUGGAAAGUCCUGGGUCCAGAAGUAGGGAAGGCAUCCUACUAGCCUCUGACCCCAUCUUUAUGCAAGUGGUUGAAGGCAGGGAAAGACGUUUAAAAUCUCCAGCUCAUCAGUGCCCUCCAAGACAAGACUAGUAGCAGGUACAAGAAGUGGGAGUCCCCUCCUUGACACAAGGGUUAGAUUCCGUAAGCCAUAAACGCAACCACGUACACUUUAACCAGGCCCACUCGCCCCAUCAAUAGAUCUGGGGUAAAAGUCAUGCCCAAACCAGGAGCUGGAGCCUGAACUUGGGGUGGGAAGGGUGGCCCGACGUCCCUUCCGAGCCACCUCCAGCUCUGCUUCAUCCCUUCUGAACCUCUCCUUCUUCUCAGCCUCCCCCUUCCACGCACACCCAUCCCAGCCCGGAAACAAUCACCCUUUGACAAGCGAAGCUGCCGAGCUGAGAGCCAGGAACGGCUCGGGUGGGGGUAGGGGGUGGCGACGGGCAUCCCGGCCGGGUUUAACUCUAGAGGAGCGAGAGCACGAUGCCCAAGGCCCCUUCCCCAGGCCUGCAGCCCCCUCCCCAGAGCAUCCGUCCUCUAUCCGCGCAGUGGGAGUCCGACAGGCUGGGAUGGUGGGGAGGGUGCUGAGGGAGGGGGGGAGUAGAUACCAAGCCCACGAGGGGACCUUUUCUCGCUGCUCCUCCCUCCCUCUCUCCUCCGCCCGUCGCAGGGAGGGCCCCCCGCCUCAGCUGGCGAGGUUGGUACAGACCAUUAGCAGUGCAGGUCCCGCUGGCAGCUCCCUCUCGGAGGUGGGGAGGGGGAAGAGGGGGAUGGAUGGGGCGGGGGGGAGGAGGGAGAGGAGGCAGGGAGAAGAGGAGCUGUCAGUGCUGCUGGAAGCACGGGCGCAUCCGCCGCCACUGAUGUGAUUCUCCGCUUCGGCUCCUGGCUCUAACACCCCUAGUCCUCCUCCUUCUCCUCCUCCUCUCCUUCCUCCUCCCCUUCCCUCUUUCCUCCCCCUCCCCUCCCCCCCAUCCCCUACCCUUCCCGGUACCCGCUCUUUCUCGCCCUGCCGGCUCCGGCUCUGAAUCCCCAACCCAGUCUCCUCCAGACUCUGGCCGCUGCUGCCGCCUCUGAGCUGCUCCGAGGUGCUGGAGUCGGAGUGCAAGAGCCCAAAGAGAGGCGAGCACAACCAGAGCCGGGGGUGGCCGGGCCGGGGUCCGUGGGCUUCCGAGCUGCCAGAGGAGGUCGCGGCAGCAGGGUAGGCAGCAGCGGCGGCGGCGGCGGCUAUGAAGUGGCCCCCGGUGGCCCGGAGCCCGAGCGUACCGAGGCAAGGAAGCGAGGGAGCCCGGCGCCCGGGCCCCGGGCAGCAACAGCGGGGCGCCGCGUCUGGGGAUUAAGGGCUGGAGUGAGCUGCUGCGCGAUGGAGCGGGAGCCAGCCCGGGAGCAUUCAGACUCGCGAAGCCAGGCCUCCAUCCCCCUGAGGCCCUGAGCUCAUCCCCUGGACAGCUGCCCUAUCCCUGGACUCCAGCUUGACCAGACUUCCUAAACCUGCUUCUGCAAUGGGUGGGUUGUAAGUGCUGGUAAUGAGGAGCUGUGGGUCCAGUCAGCCUUGGAGAUGCCGAAGAGACGGGACAUCCUUGCCAUCGUGCUCAUUGUGCUGCCCUGGACCCUGCUCAUCACCGUAUGGCAUCAGAGCACCAUUGCACCAUUGCUCACCAUGCACAAGGAUGAUGGGAGUGACUCAAGGCGGGACCCCAGCGUGGACUCCAGGGAGUAUUGCAUGUCUGAUCGGGACAUCGUGGAGGUGGUGAGGACAGAGUACGUGUACACGCGUCCCCCGCCCUGGUCGGACACCCUGCCCACCAUCCACGUGGUCACCCCUACCUACAGCCGCCCAGUGCAGAAGGCCGAGCUGACCCGGCUUGCCAAUACGCUGCUCCACGUACAAAACCUCCACUGGCUGGUGGUGGAGGACGCCCCGCGUCGGACCCCGCUGACUGCCCGCCUCCUCCGCGACACCGGCCUCAACUACACACACCUGCACGUGGAGACACCCCGGAACUACAAGCUGCGAGGGGACGCCAGGGACCCCCGCAUCCCCCGGGGCACCAUGCAGCGCAACCUCGCUUUGCGCUGGCUCCGGGAGACCUUCCCCCGCAACGCCAGCCAGCCCGGCGUAGUCUACUUCGCUGACGAUGACAACACCUACAGCCUGGAACUCUUUGAGGAGAUGCGAAGCACAAGGAGGGUGUCGGUGUGGCCAGUGGCUUUCGUGGGAGGCCUUCGGUAUGAAUCACCUCGGGUGAAUGGGGCAGGGAAAGUGAUUGGCUGGAAGACAGUUUUUGACCCCCACCGGCCAUUUGCCAUUGACAUGGCUGGCUUUGCAGUCAACCUUCGGCUCAUCCUGCAACGGAGUCAAGCCUACUUCAAGCUUCGAGGGGUCAAAGGUGGCUACCAAGAGAGCAGCCUUCUCCGGGAGCUCGUCACCCUCAAUGACCUGGAGCCCAAGGCUGCCAACUGCACCAAGAUCCUCGUCUGGCACACACGAACAGAGAAGCCAGUGCUGGUGAACGAGGGGAGAAAAGGCUUCACUGAUCCCAAUGUGGAGAUCUGACACAAGGGACCCAGGAGACUCCCUCUCACAGACCCUGCUCUUGGCCUCAGAGCCUCUCUCCCCCUGGCCGUGGGGGCCCUCAUGGCAGACUCCUGAGCAAUCCCUGUCACUUGUCCUUCCAUCCUGGAGGCUACAGAGAAAGCCUGGUGGGACACAAGGAAGAAAGAAAAAUCAUCGAAAGCACAGAAAUCCCAGGCCUGUCGUUCUCUUCUGCCCAAGAUGACCAAGAGCCUGAGUGGGAGAUCCUGGGAGUCAGGGAGUCCAGCCGAUGCCGAGCAGGCGCCCCGGGGAGACGGCCCAAGGUCCCCGGCAUUCAUUCCCCGGAAGAAUCUUCCAGCUAACUCACGGUCCUAAGAAAGGGGAAAAUCCUGGCACCCGGCUUGUGACUCUGAGCACUGAAUGACACUGACAAUGGGCAUGGGAGCUAGUGGGAGCAAUAGGAGGCACCCAGAGGGGACAAGUGCUCCCUUUCCCUUGGGUCCUUACACUGCAGCUGGGAUUUAUAACAUUGCACAACAACAUGGGACCGCAGAGCACUGGAAAACCCCAGAAGUGACCGAGAGAAAGUGUGAAACCUCUCGGUUGCCUCCUCCUUACCUGAAAGUUGCUCCAGAAACAGGCAUACCUCUCUGGACUGGGGGGCUUUUCUUUGGUUCAUGUUUACAGAACUUGGGGCUGUGUUUAACCUUGGCACCUGACUCACCCUGUGGGGGGGCACCUAACUCAGGGUGCUGCAAUGGGACUGGCUUCUCACCUUCUCUCCCUUCUCAGAACCAGCAUCAAUGGAGGCACCACCUCUUUCACUAGGACGAAAUCAAGAAAUCCUUCUAAAAUGCUGAACGUGGACCACAAUAAGCCUCUCCUCAUGAGCCGGGCUGGAGAAAGGGAUGUGGAAGAGGAAGGGGUAGAGACGGUCCAUUAAGGCUGGAGACUAGAGCAGAUCAUGGAAUCCCUUUCCCUAGAAGUCCCUGAGACUAGUCAGUCAUCCAUCAGGAAUAGGUGCCUAAGGGUGGGGAGGCAGCAGGGCUGGGGGUGGGAAGGUGGCAGAGAAUGAAACAGAGAUCCCUUCUGGCUGAGCCUAGAGGAUGGGAUGUGGCUCUGUAACCAUUGCCUGCCCCUUUCAUUUUCUGGGCUUCAGUGUAAUGGCAGGGACUGAAGGAAAGUGGCCAAGAUAAUGUGGAUGGUGAACAGGGAGAGAGGAGCUGAGCACAUAGGAUAGGCUGGAGAUUUUUUUUUAAUGAAAUGGAGAGAAAAAUGUAUCUUCUCACUGAGCCAGGAGCAGCCGGAUUAAGCUCCCUCUAUCUCCAAAAGUCACUGACCCCCUCAUUCCUUCUCUACAGCGGGGGGGGGGGGGGGGGGGGGGGGGGACAAAACUCCUCCCCACUCUCUUUUCAUCCUCUCCAGUCUCAUUAAACUUCCAUCCUUUUGGGCUUGUGGUUUUCAGUCUGGAGAACUUAAAGGAUCUCCCACUGGACCCAGUGGACAGGGUCCCAGUUAGGACCCUGUCCCAAACUGUUCCUUCUUCCUUCCCAUCCUCCUGGCUGCCUAUCUUUUUCACCCAUAAAUUCUCUCCCAUUCUCUCCUUCCCUCUCCUCCUUGAAAGCUGGAAGCACAAUUUUCCUCCCCAAUGAAGGAAAAAGAAGGGAUCCUACAUGAAAAGACUAACUUUUCUUAACUCUUAACAGCCAACAUCAUAUUUAAACCCAUUGGGUGUCUCUUGAGGACUAAAGGACAUGGAUAACCCACUGCUGGGUUGGGAGGGGGUUUGGGAAGGGGACAGCCUUGCAGUAAUAUCCUAUUAUUUUAAAAGUAAUAGCGAUGACUGCCAAUUUUGAGGUGUAUUUUAAUGCCUCUCAAUAUAGUUACUUCAGAUGGAAACCAGGAGACAGGAGCAAAUGGGCUAAGCAUGAAUCAGAUCUUUUCCCAACAGCUUUUCUUUAAUUUUUUCUUUAAAUUUAGGGUUUUCUUUUGGUUUGUUUUUGUGGGGAGGGGGGUCUUUUUAGAAAAAAACUCCUGUUGGGUGAAAGUAGGGUAGGAAGAGCAGGAAACUUCAGGAUAGACUGAACUGCAGUUUGCCCAAGCCUUGGCCUGGGAUAGGACAAGAGACAACCAUUUCACCCCUUUCCGAGAACCAGCCCCAGGAAUCCAAUUCAGGCUGGGCUUGGGCUGGUUUUAACAAAAACAGAUCUCCUACCUGGUCAGAAACCCAGGCCUCCUUUUCAGGUUAAAUAAAAGUCAACUGAAAAGGGGGAGGGAGAACACUGAAAAAAAUCACUCCCAAAUUUCCAGAUGCUAGUCUCAUUGUUCUCACUGAAAGUCCUCUUUUAGCUGCAUGUAUAUUUAUUUAGAAUCAUAAUCCCAAUGGAUUGCAGCUUUCAUCUUUGCUCGGGAAUGAGCUUAUUGUAGAACAGAAGGACUAUGUCCCUGAAUAUAAACUUCGGUUCCAAACCUAGUCCCUUCCCUCGCCUGGGGACCCCCACCCCAGGGGGAGUGAUGCCAGUGAAAACACAGACUGAGCUAGAGGAUGGAGCCUCCUUCUGCUUCAUCUUCUCUUCUCAGUUUUAAUUGAAUUGUAUUUAAUUUGUUUUAAAAAUUAAAAGUCAAAUAUGGUUUUUAACAGUCAUAA